UAUAUCAUGUCAAUCAAAUGAUCAAUCAAUUUGUGGGAAAAUUGUUCAAGCAUUUUUAGAUGCUGGAAGUAUUUUAUCUUCAACUUUGCUCUUGAAAUCUUCAAUUUUUGUCAAUAUUAGUGUUUAUGAUUUUUGUGGCGAUGACCCAACUUGUAGUGGUGAAAAUUUUUAUAAUCCAGGAUAUGCUCAACCAACUUUAUUAUAUCUGUUAAAAGAUAAUGAUGGUGUAGAAAGGCUUUAUCCUCAAUCAUUGGUCAAACAAUUCAACUUUUCGAAUAAUCCUGAAUAUAAACAUCCGGAUAUUUAUGGAGAAUUUAAUCUUGCUCUUGAUUAUUGGUUCAAAGAUGAUCCCUCACCGAUUAAAUAUAAUCAAUAUGAUUUUUUAGGUAUAAUUCUUCAUGAAUUAUGUCAUGGAUUAGGUUUCUUAACUUCAUGGAGUAUAUGGUCAAAUGAUGAAUCAUCACAAUAUAUUACUCCUAUGUUGAUAACAGAGGAAGAUUACGAAUAUAUAUGGGAAGAUAAUUAUGAUCCUAGUGUAAAAAUUUCUUGGAGGGGAUUUAGAGAAUAUAUAUUUGAUAAAUAUUUGGUAUUUACUAAUACAGGAGAUUACGUUUCGAAUCAAACAACUUUAUUAAAUGAAUUUUUUAAUAAUAAUGGGGAUAUUUAUGGAAAUUAUGAUGAUUUUCAUCAAAAAUUUAUAUCAUCACCACAAUAUAAUAUAGCUGUAACAAUGUUAAAUAUAUCAAUUCAAUCACAAACUCUUGGUUUAGUUAAUUGGAAUUUAACUUCUCAUCAUGGUAAACCUUUCAAUAUAAGUGAUUUAUUUGUGGUAGAUACAACAUCAAAUCCAUUUGAUCCGUAUAAUAGUAUAAAUCAUGUAGAUUAUAAUAUGUAUACUAAUACUAGUGAUUUUUUAAUGAGAUAUCAAUUACCUCCGGGUGAGACUCUAAGUGCUGAUAUUAGACUUGCAGGAAAAACUCCAAACUCGUAUCUUACUAAUGCUAUUGAAUUAGCUCCUGUUAGUUCGGGAAUUUCAUUGGUUCCUUCGUAUUUAAUCAUUCAACAUGUAAUAGGGUUGCUUUUAAUAAACGCGUAUUUAUAA